AUGCCCUACAUCCAUACUAAGGAACUUCCUGAAUAUCGAGAACUUGUUGAAGCUCUACAUAUGGGAAAUGAGGAGAUAAAAUUGAACCUGAAACCAAAAGGUGGAAUCCAUGGCUUCACCUCUAAGUUUCUCGUAGACAAAGCUAUCACUUUUUCUAAAGCUGGAAGAUGGACGACCUUAAACACCCAUCUAGCUUUACUCAUCUAUGGGAUUUUCUUGUUUCCGAAUAUGGAGGAGUUCGUAGACUUGGCUGCCAUUCACAUCUUCUUGACUCAGAACCCGAUUCCCACUCUCUUUGGUGAUACUUACUAUUCCAUCCAUGUAAGAACCCAUAAGAAGAAAGGGACUAUCGUCUGUUGCACCCCUUUGCUGUAUAGAUGGUUUAUUUCGCAUCUACCCAGUGAAGGUCCCUUCGUUGAGAACAAAUAUAAUUUGAAAUGGUCCCAGAGGAUCAUGUCCUUAAAAGUUGAAGACAUCCCUUGGUAUUCUCGAGUGUAUGAUGGUGUCAAGCUCAUCCUCAAUUGUGGGGAUUUUCCUAAUGUGCCUCUUCUUGGAGUCGAAGAGUCAGAGUUGAUCAAGAAGAUUGUCAAGGCUUGGGGGUCGAUUUGUCCUCAAGGAAGAGCAGAGAUGGGUAAGAAGAAUUGUAUCACCAAGGAAGCCUACACCAAUUGGGUCAAGAGCAGAGUCAGUGAGGUCUUAUUGUCGUUCCCUCCCGAACCAUCCAUGAACCUCCAAUCUUCUGAGCUAGAGAACCAGCCAAAUUCUGAGAUGGAUGAAUUGAAGAAGGUUAUCAAGACUCUAGAGAAAGAGAAUGCCGAUCUUAGAUCUAAGCUUGCUAAGAUCUCAUUGGAGAAAGAGACCUUGAAAUUCAAUUUGAAUCAGAAGAGAGAUCGAGUUCGCCAAGUUGAUGAUGAGGUACAAACAAAGGUUUUCAAAAGACUCAAAGUGGGUGACACCCUCAAAGGAACUUAUGCCAGUCUGAUGACCAAAAAGAAGUAG